AUGACCUUUAAGUUUGAGAAAGAAAAGAUAUUAUCAACAAAAGAUCCAAAAUCUCCAUUUUAUCAUAAUUUACCAAGUUAUGAUUCAAAACCAAUCAAUCAAUUAGUUGACUUUUUCAAAUAUUGGAAAUAUUUUAUAAAAGCAGUGAUUUAUUAUUUUAAAGAAAUAAUAUUAGUUAAAGAAUUAGAAUCAAAUUUAAGUUAUCAAUUAAUUAGUGCUGUUCAAUUUCCUGGUUGUAAAGAUUUACCAAAUAAAAUUUUACAUGAUAUUCAAUUACAAAAUCCUCCACAAAGUUUAUCACCUAAAAAUACAACACCUACAAAAGAAUUGAAAAAGAAUUUAUCAUCCUCAAAUUUAGCUUCAUUAAAUACUACAACUUCUGCUCAACAAUCAAGUUCAAAUGAAGUUAAAAGACCUGGAUUAUCAAAAACAAAAUCAAAUAAUUCAACAUUCAACUCAUCUUUCCUUAAAAAUGCUACAAAUACAUUACAUAAAAGAAAUUCAUCAUUAACUUCAAUUGCACAACCCCAUAUACCCUUGUCCUUACCUUUGCCUCAUCAUAAUUCAACAAUCGGUAGUGUCACUGGUAAUGGUUCUUCAGCAUCUCCGUUAAACUCACCUAUUCCAAGAGUUGAACAAUUACCAAAGGCUGAAAUUAACUCAAAUGAUGUUAGAAUUCAACCAAAUUUCUUCCCUGAAGAUUCACUAUUUACAAAUUUCCCAGCAUUAUUAUUAUCAUCUCAUCAAACAAAGUUUAAUAAUUCAUAUAAAUUAUGUAAAGAUUUAAAUAAUAAAAUUAUACCUAAACUAGAGACAUUAUCGAAACAAGUUAGUCAUAAAAUUAAAGAAAUUAAACUGUCUCUAACUAAUGAAUCAUUUGCAAAUUCAGAAUUGUCCAAAGAAAUUUCCAAAACUGGUCAAGUUUUAAAUCUAUAUAUGCAAGGUGUUGAAUUAUACCUGAAUGAAAAACCAGUAUUAAAUGGAAAUUGUUCAGAUGCAGAAGGAGAAGAAGAAUUAGCUCUUGAUGAUCCAUUAUUAAUCAAAUUACAAGUUGAUUAUAAAUUGAAAAAUCAAUUAAUUAUGGAAAAUUAUAUGUUUGCAAGUUAUAUUAAUCUUCAAAAUAUCUCAAAAGAUUUAUUUACAUUUAUAUUAAAAGAAUUAAAUUGGGCAAUUGAUAAAUUUGGGAAAUUAAAUUUUAAUAGUGAAUAUUAUCAAUAUUUAAAAACUAAAAUUAGUAAUAGUUCAACACAAGAUUGGGAAUUUUUCAUAUCACAUAAUCCAAAUUUUAUAAAUACUUAUCAAUCAACCGAUGAAAAUCCAAAGAGAGAAACAAGAACAUUUAAAUCAAUUACAUUACCUUACUCAAAUUCAAUUCAAAAUAAAUGUCUUAGAUUUGGAAUGAUGUAUAAAAAGAGUAAAUUGUUGAAAAAUUAUACAAGAUAUUAUUAUAUUUUAUCAUGUAAUUAUCUACAUGAAUUUAAAAUUAAUGAAGAAGUAGGUGGAUCAAAUGCAAGUAUAAUUUCUAAAAAGAAUAAAGACAAAAUUGGUGGAUUUAUUGGAUAUAAUGAUGAACCUAUAAAAUCAUACAAUUUAAAUGAUCAUUCAAUAGUUACUAAAGAUGAAGCGUCUUUUAAAUUCACAUUAAUUAAAAAAUCAACAAAAUCAAAAAAGACAUUUAAAUGUGCAAAUGAAAAAGAUUUUAAUAAUUGGUAUGAAGAUUUAUCACAAUUAUUAAAAUAUGGUCAUGAUCAUUAUGCUAGAUUUUCAUUUAUUCAAAAUAAAAUAGAUACUUCAGAAAAAUUUAUAAAACGUACAUCAACAGAUCCUUCAAUUUUAAACAAAAAGGGAUUACAAUUAGAAUUUUCAAAUCAGUCAGAACCUGCAUUGACUGGAAUGUUUACUCCAAGUAUUAAAACUCCAAGACAAUCACCAAAAGUGGAAGAUAAUCCAUUUGAUCAAGUAUUUGAAGUUCCAAAACAAAAGGAAGUUUCAUCACCAAGUUCAAGUACAACUCCAAAGAUUUUAACACCAACAGAAUCUCAUAUUAAUAUAAAUCCUAAUAUUACUCAACAUGAAGACUAUUUAAAAUUACAACAAGCAUUUUUAAAACAACAACAAGAAAUUUUAGAUUUAAAAUUAAAAGAAUCUAAAAAUGUAGAUUUAAUUUCAAAGAAAUUGGAAGAAAUACAAGAUCAAGUUAAUAUAACUCCUAAAAAAUCUUCAGAUUCAUUAAAUUCAUUUGUUAUUCCUUCUAAUACAACACCAGUUACAGAAAAAGUGUUGAAUGAAAAGCCAAUCUUUACGAUUGAUGAUGAUUCUGCAAGUACAACUACACCGCCAAAUGACGUACCUACUGUUUUAGUUAGCUCAGAUCAUUAA